UAAUUAAUUUUUAACACGCUUUUGUUAAGAURCGUUGACCCUCAGGGCAAGCCACUUUUGUUACUACAGAUCAAAUACCGCCAUUGUUUAUCCACUGUUUCGUUGGAGACGGAACCGCGAGCUCUGUCGGCUACUGYAAAUAAUCACGUUUGUUAUAAAUUCCUGCACACUUUGGUGGUAAUGUAGAAGUGUCCCACCGAAAAAGUAUAGUGGAAGAAUUUAAAGUUUUUAUACUUCAAAUUGUAUAUGGUUUUACGCCAUGGAUUCAGGUAAAAGAACAAAAGAUGAAGCCACAAAUGUACAGCAAGCGCUACGCAGACUGAAAUAUCUCCAUACAUCGCWUGCAAGUCCUACAAAACUAAAAGGAUCGAACUUAAAGCCAAUACAAACAACAAGUUCUCCGCCAUUAAGCGAGUUAAAGGACGAUGAUAACGAGGAAUUAAAUCAACGUUUAUUUCUUGCGUUGUCCCCUGACAACAAUUUCAAGCCAUCGCCAAGAAAUGAUAGACGUAUUUUAAGACAGCGUAUCGGAUUUCGACCAGUUUGCAAAGGACGUGUUCCACUGAGAAGCUMUCAGAGCUAUUUCAAUCCAACUUUUCGACCGCUUACAAAGAAGAGAACAAAUCCCUUGGACAGACWGACGAAAGGCUCUGUGAAAAGUGGUAAAGAUGCAGCUCAACAGAAUAAUGACCGUACGGCAAAAUCAGCCCCUGCGUCAGGGGGGACRUCGUCUCUYAACCCCGAGGAGUUCGAUUGUAUCCAAUGUUUUGCCGAYGAAGUAAAAAGAYUUMAACAUAAACAACAAUCACAGCAAYAYGAAGUGRACGGUCAAUAUAGAAAUAAUGAUAUUAAAAUUAAUCGAGUUACAUUCUCAGCGAGGCCAAGAUCAAAAGUAACAGGGGKCUCAAAACAACGUGUUUCUAAAGUAAUUAGCGAGAAGYCGCUUGAUAUUCCUCCGACAUUGUAUGGUGGAUGGGGAGUACGUUCAAAUAGACGACCACAACCCGAAGCAGCGCGCACUAACCCGCGGGAAUCCCGCAGGAACGUGGACUUGAAUGCGCAUUUCCAGACACUUCGUAUCACACCGUGCGGGUCAGAUGAUGGAUCAMGAAGGAGUGAUUACAAUCAAUGCUCUCCACCGGCCGCACCUCCGACACCUAUACGGCAAAUAGACAUCAAAAUGCCGGAGGGACAUUUGGUUCAAUACCGGCUUCAAACUGUUCCUUGAUUAGUUUAAUAAUGUAUAAAGUGUGAAAACGUAGUUAAUAUGAAAAUCAGCAUUUUUUUUAUAAACGGAACAAUGACAUGUAUUAAAAUUCCAUCCAUUGGGCUUUCAA